AGGUACAUAAUUAUCCAGCACAGGAGGUCUUUCCAGGGACCUCGUCCCCCAGCAACUGUGGCAAUUAAACUAUGAAAAGAAUUUGGUUUCGUUUCGUCUUCGCUGGACUCCGCUUCUUUUGGGAGAGGGCAAUCCUUGAAGCCUGUUUGCUGUCCUGGUGGUAAAGACUGGCUUGGCUCCAUGGAUAGGUGCGGAGCUUUGAUUUUUGCGUUGUUGCGCCUUGGCAAGCCAGGAUUUUGAGUUUGCUGCUGCCCUGUGGAUGAGGAAUCCCUUCUUUCUGCCGGCAGAUGUUGAGGGGCAGGAGCCAACAAAAAUCUUCAGCAGCCGCCGUCGUUCCAAGGGAGGAGGCAUUACCCUGGCCGAAGGCACGACUUUCUCUCCAUGCUUCUCUAGAGGUGUUCAGAUGGGAUUAAAGUCCACAUGGAGAUAUGGAAAUGGACCAGGAACUUACUCUAAAAAGAUGGUCAGCUGGGACUCGGGUUGCCUUAUCUGCCUGGUGGUGGUCACCAUGGCUGGACUUUGCCUGGCUCGACCUUCAUUUAAUUUAGUUGUCGAAGACACCACGGUGGAACCCGAAGAGCCGCCAACCAAAUACCAAAUCUCUCAGCCAGACGUGUACUCGGCACUUCCCGGAGAGCCGCUCGAGUUGCGCUGUCAAUUGAGGGACGCCGUCAUGAUCAGUUGGACUAAGGACGGGCUCCCUUUGGGGCCCGACAAUAGGACAGUGAUUAUUGGGGAGUACUUGCAAAUUAAGGAUGCCACGGCCAGAGAUUCGGGCCUCUAUGCUUGCACUGCUGUUAGGACCCUAGACAGUGAUACUCUGUACUUCAUUGUAAAUGUUACAGAUGCUCUUUCCUCUGGGGAUGAUGAAGACGACAAUGAUGGGUCCGAGGACUUUGUGAAUGACAGCAACCAGAUGAGGGCGCCUUACUGGACGCACACGGACAAAAUGGAGAAGAGGCUCCACGCCGUGCCGGCCGCCAACACCGUCAAGUUCCGCUGCCCGGCCAUGGGGAACCCCACGCCCACCAUGCGGUGGCUGAAGAACGGCAAGGAGUUCAAGCAGGAGCACCGCAUCGGCGGCUACAAGGUCCGUAACCAGCACUGGAGCCUGAUCAUGGAGAGCGUGGUGCCGUCGGACAAAGGGAACUACACGUGCAUAGUGGAGAACCAGUACGGCUCCAUCAACCACACCUACCACCUGGACGUGGUUGAGCGCUCCCCGCACAGGCCCAUCCUGCAGGCCGGGCUCCCCGCCAACGCCUCCGCCGUGGUCGGCGGCGACGUCGAGUUUGUGUGCAAGGUCUACAGCGACGCCCAGCCCCACAUCCAGUGGAUCAAGCACGUGGAGAGGAACGGCAGCAAGUACGGCCCAGACGGGCUGCCCUACCUGCAGGUUCUAAAGGCUGCCGGUGUUAACACCACGGACAAAGAAAUUGAGGUUCUCUAUAUACGGAAUGUAACUUUUGAGGAUGCUGGGGAGUAUACAUGCUUGGCGGGUAAUUCUAUUGGGAUAUCCUUUCACACUGCAUGGUUGACAGUUCUGCCAGCUCCUGAGAAAGAGAAGGAAUACCAAACCCCUCCAGACUACGUGGAAAUAGCCAUUUACUGCGUGGGGGUGUUCCUGAUCGUGUGCAUGGUGCUGAUAGUGAUCCUGUACCGCAUGAGGAACACCACCAAGAAGCCGGAUUUCGGCAGCCAGCCCGCCGUGCACAAGCUCACCAAGCGCAUCCCCCUGCGCAGACAGGUAACAGUGUCUGCUGACUCGAGCUCGUCCAUGAAUUCCAACACGCCCCUGGUGAGGAUCACCACCCGCCUCUCCUCCACUGCUGAUGCCCCCAUGCUGGCAGGGGUCUCGGAGUACGAGCUGCCAGAGGACCCCAAGUGGGAAUUCCCAAGGGAUAAGCUGACGCUGGGCAAACCCCUGGGAGAAGGUUGCUUUGGGCAAGUGGUCAUGGCCGAAGCGGUGGGGAUUGACAAAGACAGGCCAAAAGAAGCAGUGACCGUGGCAGUGAAGAUGUUGAAAGAUGAUGCCACAGAAAAAGACCUGUCUGACCUGGUGUCAGAGAUGGAGAUGAUGAAGAUGAUUGGGAAGCAUAAAAAUAUCAUCAAUCUUCUUGGAGCCUGUACCCAGGACGGACCUUUGUAUGUGAUAGUGGAGUAUGCUUCCAAGGGGAACCUGCGGGAGUACCUGCGAGCGCGCCGCCCGCCCGGCAUGGAGUACUCCUUCGACAUCAACAGGGUGCCCGAGGAGCAGAUGACCUUCAAGGACCUGGUGUCCUGCACCUACCAGCUGGCACGAGGCAUGGAGUACCUGGCUUCCCAAAAAUGCAUCCAUCGAGACUUGGCCGCAAGAAAUGUUUUGGUAACCGAAAACAAUGUCAUGAAAAUAGCAGACUUUGGUUUAGCCAGAGACAUCAACAAUAUAGAUUAUUAUAAAAAGACUACUAAUGGACGGCUUCCAGUAAAGUGGAUGGCUCCAGAAGCUCUGUUUGACAGAGUUUACACACAUCAAAGUGAUGUUUGGUCAUUUGGUGUGUUAAUGUGGGAGAUCUUCACCUUAGGAGGGUCACCCUACCCAGGAAUCCCAGUGGAGGAACUUUUUAAGCUGCUUAAAGAAGGGCACCGGAUGGACAAACCUGCCAACUGCACCAACGAGCUCUAUAUGAUGAUGAGAGAUUGCUGGCAUGCUGUGCCUUCUCACAGACCCACGUUCAAACAGCUGGUGGAGGACCUGGAUCGGAUCCUCACUCUCACAACUAACGAGGAGUACCUGGACCUGAGUGGACCCCUGGAGCAGUACUCACCCAGCUACCCCGACACGAGGAGCUCGUGUUCCUCGGGGGACGACUCCGUGUUCUCCCCCGACCCGAUGCCUUACGAACCUUGUCUGCCCAAGUACCAGCACAUGAACGGGGCUGUGAAAACAUGAGCAGAGGGCAACAACACCGAGCUGCCUGCCCUGUGCAAAGCAAGAGCUUUUCUCCAGGACCUUCAUGUUUCUGCUUGUACAUAGGAAAUGUGGGAAAAAGAAAAAAAAAAAAAAAGAAGGAAAAUGAUUAAAAAAAUCCAUUUUGGAGGAAAGCAGUCAGAACCUACAUAAAGAUUCUCAUCACUUGCAGCUUUCAGAUGUUCCCGAGAAGGAAGAAUGUUUAUGAGCUGUGUCUAGAUACCCAUUGCUAUCAAUUUUCUGGCUUCCUGUGAGCUGCAACAGACUUUGUUUGUACAAUGGACCAGUCGGACUUGAGGCAAACUCUGGGUCUGCCUUUCUUGUUUAUUUUGUAAUAUUUGGAGAAAAUAUAUGUUGGCACACACUUACAGAGCACAAAUGCAGUAUAUAGGUGCUGGAUGUAUGUAAAUAUAUUCAAAAAUAUGUAUAAAUAUAUAUUAUAUAUAUUUACAAUGAAUUAUUUUUUGUAUUGAUUUAAAAAAAUGGAUGUCCCAAUCCACCUAGCAAAUUAGUCUCUUUUUUAACAGCUAUUUGCUAAAUGCUGUUCUUACACAGAAUUUCUUAAUUUUCACCAUCCAAAGGUGGAAAAUACUUCGCUUUCAGGGAAAAUGGUAUAUCAUUAAUUUAUUAACUAAUUGGUAAUGUACAAAACCGUUAAUCGUUUAUAGGGUUGUUGUGUUUUUGUAAUUUAAAUGGCAUUUCUAUGCAGGCAGCACAGAGGACUAGUAGAUAUAUUGCUCAGACUUUACUAGUUUUCAGAUCUUUAAGAAAAGAAAUAUUUACAGUAUAUAACUAAUUUGGGGGAAUUAAACUUUUGAUUUAUUUGUGUUUAAAAACUGCAGUGUCAGAUGAUUAUUCUUAUCAAAACCAAACCCUUCAACAAGAAAGUCAUUUUCUUAUAAGGUCCAAAAAGCAGAGUCGUUCCACUCCAAAAAAAAAAAGAAAAUAAAAUUUUGAAGAAGGUUCUUAAAGUAAGGAAAGACAUGAGUUGGUCUAUAACCACAGCAGAACAGACUGCUCUAAAAGGAGCUGAGCUUCUACCCUGAGUUGCACAUGCAUCAAAUUAUCUACAAUUCUCUUGCCUCAGCUGGAUAAUAGGUUCCAGACCUUUUGGCCUGGAUCUUUUGCCUUUAUCCCUCUAUUGUAACUUAAGUUAAAAAGGGAGAAGUUGUUUAUAAUGACAACUUGCCAUAGGAAUAUCAGCAUCUUUUUAGGGAAUUAAUUCAUGCUGACUCCAGUAUUUCCUUCUGAACCAUUCCAUAACAGUAGGUGUAGCACUGGCCUCUGCUAGAAUAUCACUGUUCUUUGUAUCUCUUCUUUUUACAGAAUCUUGUAUUUUUACUUUCAGAACAUUCACAUUGACAUGGCCAUGGAAUAUAAUGCAAAUUUCACUGUUUUAUGUGGUGGUGUGUUUUUGUUUUUGUUUUGUUUUUUUAAAAAUAAUUUUUAAUUGGGUAAAAUAAGUAUUAAAAUCUGUUAACUUUUGUACUGACAAUAAAAUGUUUCUACAGAUAUUAAUGUUAAAAUUACAAAAUAAAUGUCAUGCAGCUUAUUUUUCCUAA